UAGUUCAUUCUAAUAUCGCUGCCACUUGAGGUCAACAGUUUCCUGGUCAGUGAUUUUCGCUGUGAUUCUAUUAAAAAAAAAGGCAUCUUUUGGUUUCAUAUAAAGAGCAUAAGAUGCAGUCGGAGGAUGCACGCUAUCUGAAACGGAAAGUGAAGGGUGGUAGCCUGGACGUGCACCCUACAGAGAAAGCCCUGGUUGUUCAGUAUGAGGUGGAGGCGACCAUCCUCGGAGAGACCGGAGACGAGAUGCUGGGAGACCGCAAGAAGUGUCAGAAGAUUAUUCGUCUGAAGAGCCUGAAUACGAACACAGACGUUGCAGCCCUGGCCCGUAAGGUGGUUGAGGAGUGUAAACUCAUCCAUCCCUCCAAGCUGUCAGAGGUGGAGCAGCUGCUCUUCUAUCUACAGAACCGCAAGAAGGCCAGUGGGAAAGCAGAGAAGAGAGUGGUGAAACCUAGAGACCUAACUCCAUUUGAAGGAAUGGAGAUAGAUGAGGAGGCUAACAUCAACAAGGUGGAAGAGUAUGUAGAGCUGCUCUAUGAAGGUAUGGAGGAGAAGGUGAAAGGGGCUACACUCAUCCUACACCUGGCCAGGAACCCUGUCAACCUGGAGGAACUCCUAGAGAAUGAAACGGCUCUUGGAGCCCUGGCCAGAGUGCUGCGGGAGGACUGGAAGCAGAGUGUUGAGCUUGCCACCACCAUCAUCUAUGUUUUCUUCUGCUUCUCCAGUUUUUCCCAGUUCCAUGGGCUGGUGACCCACUAUAAAAUCGGAGCUCUGUGUAUGAAUGUCAUGGAACACGAACUGAAGAGAUACGACCUCUGGCAGGACGAACUGCAGAAGAAGACCAGGACAUGUGAAGACGACCCUGACAACCAGGCCUUGAGGAAGGAACAUGAGAAGGCCUUUAAGAAGUACCAGGGACUACUGGUGAAACAGGAGCAGCUGCUGAGAGUUGCUCUGUACCUGUUGUUGAACCUGGCUGAGGACACCAGGACAGAGCUGAAGAUGAGAAACAAGAACAUCGUCCACAUGCUGGUGAAGACCCUGGACCGGGAGAACGAGGAACUACUGGUGCUGGUGGUGUCCUUCCUCAAGAAACUCAGCAUCUUCCUGGAGAACAAGAACGAUAUGGCGGAGGUGGACACCGUAGAGCGUUUGUCUCGUUUAGUCCCGUGUGAACAUGAAGACCUGCUGAACAUCACGCUGCGUCUCCUCCUCAACCUCUCCUUUGACACUGGGCUACGCAUCAAGAUGGUGCAGGUCGGCUUGCUGCCCAAACUCACCUCCCUGCUGGGUGACGAGAACCACAAGCAGAUGGCCAUGUGUAUCCUGUACCACAUCAGUGUUGAUGACAGGUUCAAGUCCAUGUUCGCCUACACUGACUGCAUCCCACAGUUGAUGAAGAUGUUGUUUGAGCACGGUGAGGACAGGAUCGAUGCUGAGCUCAUCUCCUUCUGUAUCAACCUGGCAGCUAACAAGAAGAACGCUCAGCUCAUCUGUGAAGGUAAUGGUCUGAAGAUGUUGAUGAAGAGAGCUCUGAAGCUGAAGGAUCCUUUACUUAUGAAGAUGAUACGAAACAUCUCUCAACACGACGGACCAACCAAACACAUCUUCAUCGACUAUGUAGGAGACCUGGCAGCCCAGAUCAGUCCUGAUGAAAAUGAAGAGUAUGUGAUCGAGUGUCUGGGGACCCUGGCUAACCUCACUAUCGCUGAUCUGGACUGGGAACUGGUGCUGAAGGAGUACAACCUGGUACCUUACUUUAAAGAUAGGCUCAAACCAGGCUCUGCAGAGGAUGACCUGAUACUAGAGGUGGUGAUCAUGAUCGGGACGGUGUCCAUGGAUGACAGCUGUGCCGCCAUGUUGGCCAAGUCUGGCAUCAUCCCUGCUAUUAUAGAACUACUGAAUGCCCAACAGGAGGACGAUGAGUUUGUGUGUCAGAUCGUCUAUGUGUUCUACCAGAUGGUGUUUCACCAGGCUACCAGGGAGGUCAUCAUUAAAGAGACACAGGCUCCGGCAUACCUUAUCGACCUGAUGCACGACAAGAAUGCUGAGAUACGCAAGGUCUGUGACAACACUCUGGACAUAAUCGCUGAGUAUGAUGAGGAGUGGGGGAGGAAGACUCAGAGAGAGAAGUUCCGAUGGCAUAACUCUCAGUGGUUGGAGAUGGUGGAGAGUAGGCAGAUGGAGGAGGGAGAGCCCUUCAUGUACGGAGAGGAUGGAGAGAUGGACAGACCUGACCUCUUCUACAGCACGGACGGGAUCACCCCUGCGUCAGGAGCGGUCAGUCCAGACUUCUUCAGUGAUCCCUACGCACAGAAUGGAGACGGACAACACGGUGGAGGAGCUGAUGGGUUUGACCUGACCACGGGGACAUCGAGCCGACCGGCCACCGGCUUCGGCUUCAGACCAGACGAGCAGUUCUACGACUACACUUCUUCCAGAUAAACCUUCCCCUUCACAUAGUCUGACCAAUCACCAUCCACUAAAAACACUGACCAAUCCCCUUCACAUAGUCUGACCAAUCACCAUCCACUAUGAACACUGACCAAUCCCCAUUCACUAUGAACAC